CAUUUCACUGCCACCAGAACAGCAAUUUGCAUUUGCAUUAGCUAGCUGGACAAUUCAACUCCGUGAGGGGAUGCAGUAAUAGUUGUACGCUGGUCCUGCCGGCUGCGCUCCCUAUCCGAUUGGAAUCUGUGACCCGCCGACGAGAGUGCUAGUCGCGCAGUGUUCACUGGCGUUGCUUCUUGUUGCCUGCAAACCGCCACACAACCGCCGCACGCCUCAAAUUCCGCAUAGUCCGACAUGGCUGCCGUCUCCGCCGUCUCCGCCGUAUCCUCCGUGUCCAACAUGGCAGUAAACAGUCAUCGUAUGCGUGCUUCCACGUGCGACGGGUUCGCUCGUCAGCCGAAUAGCAGGCAGCGGCGGUCAUUGAGCAGCGCCGUCACACCUGCUCCGUGCGGUUUCCUCUCUGCCCCCUCCGCCCUUGCGCCUUCCGCCCUUGCGCGCGCUGAUCCGCGAUUGCUGCGGAAGGCCCGCCACACUGCAGCAGCAGCAGCGGAGGGGCAACCCGCGGUAACAACCGAUGCAAAGGAGGGAGAGGAGGUGCCAGUGCCGGUGGUGGUGAUCGACAAUCAUUCGGAGGAGAACGCGACUGUGGUGGAGCUGGAAUUUGGGGACAGGCUCGGCGCGCUCAUGGACACGAUGGCGGCUCUUCGCAGCCUGGGUCUCAACGUGGUGAAGGGGCGGGUGACGACCAUCGGCAACGUUGCUCGCAACAAGUUCACCAUCACGCAGGAGGGCGGCAAGGUGGAGAGAGCGGAGAUGAUUGAGGCCAUCCGAGGCACCAUCAUCUCCAACCUCCUCAAGUACCACCCGGAGUCCGGCUCUCAGCUGGCGAUGGGCCUCACGUGCGACUCGCCGCCUUGCAAUCCGGGGAUCCCAACACGCCUGUCGCUUACACCUCUGCCAGACGCCACCGGUAGCAAGUUGAGGGUGGAGGCGGCGGACAGACCAGGGCUGCUGAUGGAGAUAGUGGACGUCCUGGGAGGGAUGUCUGUCAGUGUGACGUCAGCUGAGAUCGACACCGAGGGAGUGGUGGCAAAGGAUGUGUUCACAGUGUCGUACCAUGGGGGGCCGCUGGACGAAGAGAUGACCACGCUGACUCUCAACGCCCUCAACUACACUCUCUCUCGGCCAGACAUCGAGGCGGAGGAGAGCUACUAGUGUCUUGACUUGAGGCACCUUAUAACGAGGCGGAGGAGAGCUGCUAGUGUCUUGACUUGAGGCACCUUAUAACGAGGCAGAGGAGAGCUGCUAGUGUCUUGACUUGUGGCACCUUUUAACGAGGCGGAGGAGAGCUACUAGUGUCUUGCCUUGAGGCACCUUAUGUGAAGGCAGAGGAGAGCAUCUAGUGUCUUGCCUCGAGGCACUUUAUAACGAGGCUGAGGAGAGCAUCUUGUCUCGAGGCUCCUUUUUUAGGCUGAGGGGGGCUACUUCUGUAAACUUCAAAUAUGACAUCGACUUCACAGGGGCGACAUGGGCCUCCGUUGAUGGUCGUCUGUAAUUAUGAUUGAAACGUCUCAUCACAUAACAUCCCGCUUU